AUGCAGCCUUACGGAAAGCGUAUCCUCAGUUUGAGUGAGACCUUCAACUUCCCCGAUGCCUGUCAAGUCGACAUACCGAUAUUUUCAACAAACCCUCCUGCUAUCUACGCGGCCGACUUCAAACCACAGGCCAAAUAUGUCUUCGAUAUUGAAUUUCGCAAUCAGGAUAAGGUUCCACGGUCCGUUAGAGUUGACCAAAAUGAUUCUGCCUACUUCAAAAUAAUUGGUCGAACACGGAGUUUUACGAAAAUUGCCACUGGACUUUCCGCACACGUUCGCAUCCAGUUUUCUCCUGAGGAGCUCAAGGAUUAUACACAUGAGCUAGUGUGCACAACUGAUCGCGAGGUCUUCUCAAUUCCUAUCUAUUGCAUUGGAAGACGUUCUUCUCUUGAGGGGCCGAAGAGCAUCACGUUCGUCAACUGUCCGGUAAAGCAGACUUUGGAAAAAGCAAUCAGCUUGCGGAAUACGGGGGAAAGUGCCUUUGAAUUUAUCGCACACACAUUUGGCUCUUUGUCUGCUUAUCCGCAUAAAGGUGUGAUCGACGCCGGCUGCAGCUUUCAACUUCUUUUACAAUAUACGCCCAAAGAGGUUGGACCUCAAUGCGAAAACAUAUAUUUCGAAGCUGAAAGAGGUGAUGGGCUUUGCACGCUAGCCAGGACUGAGGCCUUUGAAGUUCCUGUCACUCUUUCGGAGUCCGAGCUAACCCAGAUGCAGACACUCAUCGGUACAAAAUGUUCAAGGAGUGUAUUCAUUGAAAAUCGAAGCGAAUACUCUUUAAAAUUCCGAUGGACCUUCGGAAAGUCACAUAAAACCAACAAAAGUACUCGAUCAAUAGAUAGUUCGCCCGAAAAUGACGAUUGUAUGAGUGCGGAUAUGAGCACUAGUGAUGGCGAUGAACUUAACGCAAGUUAUCACAUGAAGAGCAGUCGUUCUGCCACCCUGUCUAUCGAAGAUGGCGCCUUUAUGAUUGAGCCAAGCCACGGGGAGGUCAUGUUUGGCACGAGGAGAGAGAUUCGUAUAAUAUUUUCUCCAACUUACGCGAAAGCGCACUCGGCACUCGCCCUCUGCGACAUCGAAGGUCGCCAACAGGCUCUGCCUCUACAACUUGAAGGACAGGGGAUGGGCCCCCUGGUUAAAUUCUCCUUCCGUUCCCUCGACGUUGGACAGAUCUUUAUCAGUGCUCGGCAUACCUACGAGUUGGUCGUGGCUAACAGCUGUGAAAUCGAUGCCAUCUUUUCGGUGAAGGCGCAGGCCUCGUCUGGCUUCAGUGACUGUUUUUCCUUUUCACACGACGAGGGUCUUAUUAGCCCUCAGGACUACCAGGCUGUAGACAUUACCUUCUGCUCACCUGACCGGCUGGGCAAGUUCAACGAGAGUUUCGAAUUCCUCUUUGACGGUUCACCGGACCCAGAAAUAAUAACUAUUAAAGGCGAAGUUGUGGGUCCAACACUCUAUUUCAAGGGCAAGGAACUUAAUUUCGGUUUGGUGUCAUAUGGUUUUCCGCUGACGAAAGGGAUAAAACUCUACAACAAUUCAACUGUUCCUGUGAAUUUCAAGCUACGAACGGUUGAAUACGAUGAGUUGGAUGAGGACUUACGCCAUGCUGACAGUGAGGACGGCGACUCAGGUUGCGCUCUCAACUCGAACAGACAGACGACAAGUGCUACACUGCAGAAUAUUGAAUUUGAUGUGAAACCCAGUUGCGGGCAUAUGGACGCCUUCAGUUCGACUGAAAUGGAAAUUACUUUUAAGCCAAUGCUAGCGGGAAGGUUAAAGUGGAAACUACUUGUUGACGCCGAGCACGUGACCGGUGCCACCUAUCUGUCGGUCUCCGCCGAGUAA